GGCAGUGGGAGGGGGAGGUACCUGGGACUGGGAGUGAUGUCAGCUCCCAGCUCGGUGCCUGCCCGGAUUCCUGACAUGGUGUAGGGCCCAGAGGGUGGGGAAGGCUUGAGCGGGACGGGACAGAAUUGGGGUUUGCUAGCCUGCGGCGGGGCCCGAGUGCCGGAGCUUUGAACCCCGAGAGAAGGUGAACCAGAACUUUUGGAACUAGUGCCGGCGGCUUCCACACCCCAGGCCCCCUUAAAGGAGUUCAGGAAACUUUUGCUGAGAGCCUCAGUCAGAACUCAGCCCAUGAACUCUGCUAAGCAGUAUUAAAGAACUUUAUGGAUCAGUUUGCUAAUAAGUACGUGCAGAAUUUGAAGAGCUGAAGAAGAAACUCGGUAUUAAACCUGUGGUUUUUUUUUUUUUUAAUGCAGCAGGUCAUCAAGCACUUCUUGGUGAAACUGUAUCUGAGUGAUUCCAGAGGGACAGAAAACACUGGCUAAUUCUACUGAAGCAGCCGCAGGAUCCAGAAAGUGAUUUCCGCUUCCUCACUUUGUGGCCCUCCUUGAAUCAAUCCUCAGAAGAUCUAGGUUGGAAUUUGCCCUUGACAAAUAUCAAAAUGAUGAGUGACGCAAGUGACAUGUUGGCUGCAGCGUUGGAGCAAAUGGAUGGUAUUAUAGCAGGCUCUAAGGCCCUGGAAUAUUCCAAUGGGAUUUUUGACUGCCAGUCUCCCACUUCCCCAUUCAUGGGAAGCUUGCGAGCUCUGCACCUUGUGGAAGACCUGCGUGGAUUGUUGGAGAUGAUGGAAACCGAUGAGAAGGAAGGCUUGAGAUGCCAGAUCCCAGAUUCAACAGCAGAAACGCUCAUCGAAUGGCUUCAGAGUCAAAUGACAAAUGGACACCUACCUGGGAAUGGAGAUGUGUAUCAAGAAAGGCUAGCACGUUUAGAAAAUGAUAAAGAAUCUCUCGUUCUUCAGGUAAGUGUGUUAACAGACCAGGUAGAGGCGCAGGGGGAGAAGAUUCGAGAUUUGGAGUUUUGUCUUGAAGAGCACAGAGAGAAGUUGAACGCCACGGAGGAAAUGCUGCAGCAGGAGCUUCUGAGUAGGACAUCCUUAGAAACUCAGAAGUUGGAUCUGAUGGCUGAAAUAUCUAACUUGAAGUUAAAACUGACAGCUGUAGAGAAGGACAGACUGGAUUAUGAAGAUAGGUUCAGAGACACAGAGGGGCUAAUGCAGGAGAUUAAUGAUUUGAGGUUAAGAAUCAGUGAAAUGGAUAGUGAAAGACUUCAGUAUGAAAAAAAGCUGAAAUCAACCAAAUCUUUAAUGGCCAAACUUUCUAGCAUGAAAAUCAAGGUGGGUCAGAUGCAGUAUGAAAAACAACGGAUGGAACAAAAAUGGGAGUCACUGAAGGAUGAACUGGCGUCUUUGAAAGAACAACUGGAAGAGAAGGAAUCUGAAGUAAAAAGGCUACAAGAAAAAUUGUUUUCCAAGAUGAAAGGAGAAGAGAUUGAAAUUUUUGAUCGAGAUGAAAAUUUUAAAAAGAAGCUCAAAGACAAAAAUAUUGAAGUACAAAAAAUGAAAAAAGCUGUGGAGUCUUUGAUGGCAGCAAAUGAAGAAAAGGAUCGGAAAAUAGAAGACCUUCGGCAGUGCCUGAACAGGUACAAGAAAAUGCAAGAUGCGGUGGUACUGGCCCAAGGUAAAAAAGGCCAAGAUGGUGACUAUGAAGACCUGCUCACCACCACUUCCAUCUCCACUUUGCUGGAAGCGCAGGGGUUUAGUGAUCUGGAGAAAAGCCUAUCGUCUACCCCAAUAACCGGAUCUCCCAGCCAUGAAUCAUUUAACACCAGUGUUCCAGAAGAGUUCCACACCAGCAUCUUGCAAGUUUCAAUCUCUUCAUUAUUACCGGCGUCUAAAGGCGUGGAAAAUUCUGAAAAAGCAAAAUUGCCUCCUAAGCCAGAUACUUCAUUUGAAGAGAAUGAUGGAAAAAUAAUCCUUGGUGCUGCUGUUGAAACCCAGCUGUGUGAUAGUCUUUCGACUUCAAGUUUGCAAAAGUCUAGUAGCCUGGACAACCUGAAGAAAGAGUCAUCAGAUGGGGACAAAUCUCCAGUAGAAAGCCCGUUUCAGAGCCUCCCUCCCAAAGCUCCAGGACAUGAGGCCUCCGUGGAUGACAACCCCUUUGGCACUCGUAAAGCCAGAUCUUCCUUUGGUCGUGGCUUUUUUAAAAUAAAAAGUAACAAGAGGACAGCAAGUGCACCAAACUUGGAUCGUAAACGAAGUGCCAGUGCACCCGCCUUAGCUGAAACAGAAAAGGAGACAGCUGAGCACCUAGAUCUGGCUGGUGUAUCUUCUCGUCCAAAAGAUUCGCAGGGGAGCAGUCCCUUCCAGAUGUCUCCACCAUCUCCAGAUUCCAAAAAGAAAUCCAGAGGCAUCAUGAAACUCUUUGGGAAACUUAGGAGGAGUCAGUCAACGACCUUCAACCCGGAUGACAUGUCUGAAACUGAAUUUAAAAGAGGAGGGACAAGGGCAACUGCUGGGCCCCGAUUGGGUUGGUCACGAGAUUUGGGACAAUCUAAUAGUGACUUGGAUAUGCCAUUUGCAAAAUGGACCAAGGAGCAGGUUUGUAAUUGGCUUGUGGAACAAGGCCUGGGAUCCUACCUGAACUCUGGCAAGCACUGGAUUGCAUCUGGCCAAACGCUUUUGCAGGCUUCUCAACAAGAUCUAGAGAAGGAACUUGGAAUCAAGCACUCACUUCACCGAAAGAAACUCCAGCUGGCACUGCAAGCCCUGGGAUCUGAGGAAGAAACCAAUCACGGAAAGCUGGAUUUCAACUGGGUCACUAGAUGGUUGGAUGACAUUGGUCUCCCCCAAUACAAGACGCAGUUUGAUGAAGGACGGGUAGAUGGCCGAAUGCUCCAUUACAUGACUGUUGAUGACUUACUAUCUUUGAAGGUUGUCAGUGUGCUGCAUCAUCUCAGCAUCAAAAGGGCCAUCCAGGUCCUGAGGAUCAAUAACUUUGAACCAAACUGUCUACGGAGGCGGCCAUCUGACGAGAAUAGCAUCACCCCAUCAGAGGUUCAGCAGUGGACUAAUCAUCGAGUCAUGGAAUGGCUGCGUUCUGUAGACUUGGCAGAAUAUGCCCCCAAUCUCAGAGGCAGCGGUGUCCACGGUGGGCUCAUGGUUCUAGAACCUCGUUUUAAUGUAGAAACAAUGGCUCAGUUAUUGAACAUCCCACCAAGUAAGACCCUGUUGCGAAGACAUUUGGCCACUCAUUUCAACCUUCUGAUUGGUGCUGAGGCACAACACCAGAAACGUGAUGCCAUGGAGUUACCAGAUUAUGUACUUCUAACAGCCACUGCCAAAGUGAAGCCAAAGAAACUUACCUUCAGCAAUUUUGGGAAUUUGAGAAAAAAGAAACAAGAAGAUGGGGAAGAAUAUGUUUGUCCAAUGGAGUUGGGACAGGCAUCAGGAAACACAUCUAAGAAAGGAUUUAAACCUGGGUUGGACAUGCACCUCUAUGACGAAGAUGAUUUGGACCGGUUAGAUCAGAUGGAAGAUUCAGAAGGGACAGUGAGGCAGAUAGGUGCAUUCUCUGAAGGCAUCAACAACCUAACACACAUGUUAAAGGAAGACGACAUGUUUAAAGAUUUCGCUGCCCGUUCCCCCAGUGCCAGCAUUACUGAUGAAGACUCAAACGUUUGACCGUAGCACCUGGAUGAGCACUAGGAGCCCUUUCCACUUUCUUUCUCAAACACUCACAGUAUAUACAACAAGCAACAGAUUGUACAUUGUUUAUUGUUCCAACCUUUUUUCUCAUUUAAAAGUCGAAAUGGAAAGCAGGGGGGAUCUGUGCCUAUUCUAAAGUUGCCACGGAAAGUGAGACACUGGUGAAUGAGAGUAUAAUUGUUUUUCUGCUAUUUAAUGUAAAAAUAUGUGAUAUAUUAUAUUUAAAGUGUUGCAUUUAUUUUGAGUACUUUACUAUAGUGUUUCCAUUCACAUUCACAGUAUGGAAGAUUUGGGAAGCAGUAACCCGUACGUGGGUGAUUCUGCCACGUUGGUGUGACAUCUCGGCAGCCAUUAAAGCAGAACCUGACAUGCUUUCAAAAUCAAUAUGUGGAAUUUCUUAAAGCAUUCUGUGUGCCCAUUAAUGCCAGGCCACACCUUCACUUAGCUCUUAACUGUCCUGUUUUUAUAUAUUUUUCUAAAUACAUGUAUAUAUUUAAUACAUAGAAAAUAGAACUUUUAUUUUGUGACAGAAGGAAGAUGGUAAAAAAGAUCACAUUGAAAAAAAUACAGUGAUAAAAAUUUUUAUAUACCAGCUGGUUCAUGGAGAGGUCAAGAUGAUCUUUCUCCACAACUAAAUUAUAAAUUUUAAUGAUGUUGAUCAUUUGGACUGAAUUAGUAUACGUGAAAUAACACUUCUUUGAUGACAUAUUACAAAAUUGUUGAUUAGUUUUUUUUAAGAAUUUCAACUUUAAUCUUGGAUUCUUUUAAUUCAUAAGGAAGAACUCAAGAGAGAUUGAAAUACUAUUAACUUGAAUGCAUUCAGAAUCUCCCCCCAAAUUUGUAGAAAUAAUUUUUGAAGAAACCAAACAAAAACAAAAACCUUUACAGUAUUAAGCUUCUUAUUCUUCUCUUUGCUAAGUAUAUCAUUACAUCAAAAGUACUAACAGUCUGACUAAAUGAUGUUAAUUAUACAUUUCUUAGGCCAUUAAUGAAUGGAAUCUUUAAAAAGUGGAGUAUUUCUCUGAACAUUUGUCUUGAUCAGAGUUCAGUAACUGAGGCUGCAAAAUUAGUUUUAUAAUGGCUAUAUUGUAAUGAUAAAAUGUAGUUCAUGUUUUUCUGUAGCACGGG